AUGGAUCCCACAAUCCUCAACCGACGCCUCGUGCGUCCGAGGCGCGUUGAAGCCAUACCCGUUUCCAAGUCCCGCCCCGCCACCAUCGACAUGGCCAACAUGGCCGCGCAAGACAACUGCGCGCUGUUCGCCAAGCUCCCCGGUGAAAUACGGAGACUGAUAUUUGCAGAUGCCCUGGCGCCUCAAGACGACGUGGACAAGCCUUAUCGUCCCGACCGCGGCUAUUACCGGCCGGGGCAGCACUUUCAUCCCAAGACCAGCGUCGCACUGCUGCAGACCUGCAAAAGGAUAUUCGAGGAAGCGAGACUCUUGCCUGUUCGGCAGGCAACUUUCAGGUUCUGGUGGAUGAGAGGUCCCUGGAUGUUCAUGCGAUCGCACAGAAAUGGCGAGUUUAGGGUGGAUCUAUGGCAAGAAUCCCUCAGCGAGGAGCAGAAAGCUCAUGUACAGUCGGUACAAGUAUUUGCGCAGCAGUACAUCCUCGAGCAGGCUCAUACGAUUGCUGUUGAUCGUAUGCCGGAGACUGGACCUCUUGGAUUUGCCACAAAACACUUCCAUUUAACGCUGAGGAAUUCCGACUGGUGGUCGUGGGAAUCACCCAUUGAAUCUUCUGAUAGACUCGGUAUCUGUCCCUGGCUUCGCGGAAGGGUGUCUCAGCAGGAAAUGCUUGCCCAACCGUUGAGAAUUCCUCUCGAAAAACUCAGAGAGCACCUGCAUAAAGGGACUUGGGGUUGGCAUAUCUGCCAGCUCAAGGGUCUGCAGCGUCUCGAGAUUGAGUUUGAGACGGACCUUCUCAAAAGAGGUCAGGUGGAAAAGGUCCUGGAGAGGGCCAAACACUGGAUUUUUCCUUUAGCCGACAGGAGCGGAAUCAUGGUAAAGACCGGAGAUGUGGUCGAGAGUGAAUGGGAGGGCGUAGCGCACACUACGUAUGACCAUAUUCUGCAAGCCACAGAGAGUCAGAUUCCGCAAGGAGCUCCAACGCGGACGCAUUACGUGGCGCUCAUGACAUGGACGGCGGCAUCAGAAACAAGCGAGCAGUAUAUUUCCAUGGUAGCUGACGAAUUAUCAACAUAG